UUGCGACCGGAGGACGACCGGCUGGACCGAAAUGAAGACGCUAGAGCCUGGCCGGCUCCUCAUGACGCGGAUGCUUAUAACAUUCACUGCUGAGACUCCCUUCAGCCAUAGUGUGACCACACACGCCUCAGCAGAAGCAAGAUGAUUCCAACAUCGCCGCUGAUGACGAGCACUGACCUGAUCGGCCUCGGACUGCACUGUCGCUCGCCAUCAACGAAGCACCAGCCCAAGGUCUCAUCGCCUCUCUCGCGAGAUCGCUUUGACCAUCAUUCUCGUUCGCCCAUAUGCAGUCCAAUGCUCGCCAGCGCAGCACUGGGCAGUGCUAUACUAGACAGUCCGAUACUGACCACAAGACGACUCAGUUCGAGGAGACUACGAAGUUCGCUUGCCGUCAAGGUGGCAUCGCUCGCUUGGAUUGCAGCACUGUCUUUUGGCGUGCUCUACCUGUUCAGCAGCAUCGAUCGAUCCGCAAAGGCCGCCAAAUACUACAUUCAGCCAGUCACUUACCCCGCAUCAUCUCGCUGGCUCGAAUUUGGCGAAGAGCACGAAUUCUUAUUCGGACUCGAAGAGGCGGCGCGAGAUAUCAAUGCGCAACCAGAGCUAGUGCCAUACUGGUCGCAUGAAAUAAAGCCAAGUCGACUCCAACAUGCGCUCGCCAUAGUCGCCCGUGGACCCCGUCGUCUGACCAAACCAGAUCUGCUGACUUUGGAGGAGCUCGAACAAGCGAAUGACACCGCUGACGAAGAUGCUCUUGACUUUAGCGCAAACACGACCUCUGGCAGCUUCUCUAAGCCGUCCGCACUCGCUAAAGCACGCAUCGCGCGUCAAAGGCGGACCGUCUUUGAAUGAUCUCGCGUUAUGGCACACCCUGCAACCGAUGCACUUACGUUUGUUGUCCUCCAUAUGCAUCGCAUCUCCACAGCAACCAC